AUGACAGCAGAGGAUUCUAUUGCUAUGAUGAGUAACGAUUCUUCUAACAUGUCAGCCUCAAAGAUCACAGAGGGAGUUGUCGGUGCACCAAAUGAAGCUGCUCUUGUAGCACUUAUGGAACGUACAGGCUACGCAAUGGUCCAGGAAAAUGGACAAAGAAAAUAUGGAGGUCCACCACCAGGAUGGGAAGGUCUUCAUCCCCCACGUGGUUGUGAAGUAUUUGUAGGCAAAAUACCCCGUGAUGUCUAUGAGGAUGAGCUUGUUCCCGUUUUUGAAAGUGUAGGUCGUAUCUAUGAAAUGCGCCUGAUGAUGGACUUUGAUGGAAAGAAUCGGGGAUAUGCUUUUGUCAUGUACACACAGAAACAUGAAGCCAAGAGGGCAGUUCGAGAACUUAAUAAUUAUGAAAUCAGGCCUGGAAGGCUCUUAGGUGUUUGUUGCAGUGUAGAUAACUGUCGACUUUUUAUUGGGGGGAUUCCAAAGAUGAAGAAAAGAGAAGAGAUUCUAGAAGAAAUCUCUAAAGUAACUGAAGGAGUUUUAGAUGUUAUUGUCUAUGCUAGUGCUGCUGAUAAGAUGAAAAAUAGAGGCUUUGCCUUUGUAGAAUAUGAAAGCCACCGAGCAGCUGCCAUGGCCAGAAGGAAAUUGAUGCCAGGAAGAAUACAGCUAUGGGGCCACCAGAUUGCUGUUGACUGGGCGGAACCAGAAAUUGAUGUUGAUGAAGAUGUGAUGGAAACCGUCAAAAUCCUUUACGUGCGGAACCUUAUGAUUGAAACAUCCGAGGAUACAAUUAAAAAGGUGUUUGGCCAGUACAAUCCUGGAUGUGUGGAGCGGGUUAAGAAAAUACGGGAUUAUGCCUUUGUGCAUUUUACCAGUCGAGAUGAUGCAGUGCAGGCCAUGAGGAACCUUAAUGGAACUGAACUGGAAGGCUCUGGCAUAGAAGUCACAUUGGCUAAACCAGUAGAUAAAGAACAGUACACACGAUACCAGAAAGCUGCUAAAGGAACAACGACCACGGCUACUGCCACGGAAGUCACUCAGCCAAAUUAUGUUUACUCAUGUGAUCCCUACACAUUAGCCUAUUAUGGAUACCCAUACAAUGCAUUGAUUGGUCCAAACAGAGAUUACUUUGUGAAAGCAGGCAGCAUAAGAGGCAGAGGGCGAGGCGCAGCUGGCAACAGAGCCCCCGGUCCCAGGGGCACGUACCUGGGGGGAUAUUCGGCCGGCCGUGGCAUUUAUAGCAGAUAUCAUGAAGGGAAGGGUAAACAGCAAGAAAAAGGCUUUGAACUUGUACCCAACUUGGAAUUACCAGCGGUCAAUCCAGUUGCUCUUAAGCCCGGUACAGUUGCCAUUCCCACGAUUGGUAGUACUCCGUACUCCAUGUUUCAGGCCUCAGCUGCUAAGCUGAUUGAAGAUGGGAAAAUCCAUGGCAUGGAACACAUGAUAAAUCCCAUCACUGUGCAGGCCGAUCCAGUGAGUGCUGCCACUGCAGCAGCAGCAGCAGCAGCGGCAGCAGCAGCUGUUAUUCCUUCAGUGACAACUCCUCCACCAUUUCAGGGUCGCCCAAUAACUCCAGUCUAUACCAUGGCUCCCAAUGUGCAAAGGAUUCCUGCUGCUGGGAUUUACGGUGCAAGCUACUUGCCCAUCGCUGCUCCUGCCACAGCCACAUUAGCCACAUUACAAAAGAACGCAGCUGCUGCAGCAGCAAUGUACGGAGGAUAUGCUAGCUAUAUACCUCAAGCCUUUCCUGCUGCAGCCAUCCAGGUCCCAUUGCAUGAUAUCUACCAGACUUACUAA